GGCUGUUUGCCAAAAAAACACGAAUUAAUAACAAUUAUACAAAUCAAUUAUAACAAUAAAUAUUUUACGUGUGGAUUGACGUUUGAGUUUUAUUCUCUUGUUAGUUUUUUGGUUUUAGUUGUAUAAGUUUGUAAAAUGCGAUUAUCCAAAACCUCUAGGUAAAUAUCGUUGUGGCCGACCGGGGGAAAAUUCGGGCGUUCGAUUUUUAUUUCUAUUUAAUCUUACGCGAGUUUUUCCCCAAAUCAUGUUAAAACCAGUCGACAUAAUAUACACUCUGCUUGCCAUCCUACAGCAAAUGGUACAUUCGCAAGAUAUUAACACUUUGGCUCGAAAAAUACACCACAAAAACGGCACCUCUAUGCCCAUAGAAAUCUACGUUAGCUACACGAACAAUCCGUGGGGACCGUCGGCUUUGUUGGAGACCGGCCAAUCUGGUGGUAAAAACCAAUACAGACCCAAAAGGAGUGUAUAUCAGCUGUACAAUAUGGUCGUAUGCGCUACCGGUUGCAAUCCAAUUUCUUACCUCGGCUACGGCUGUUACUGUGGUUUCCUGGGUUCUGGAUCGCCGGUUGAUCCCAUAGACAAUUGCUGCAAAAUGCAUGAUUGGUGCUACGACAGUGCCGAUUGCCCAAUGUUCCUCGAAUACUUUACGCCGUACGUCUGGACGUGCUACAACAAAAAACCAUUGUGUUCAUUAGGAGGUGGCUGCAGUCAGCGGUUGUGCGAGUGUGAUCAAAAGCUGGCCAUGUGCUUGAAACGUUUUGGGUGCCCAACGCAGAAGGCGAUUUGCAAAACAAGCCCUUGGAGAUGGUUCCAGAACAUGUUGUUCUGAAAGGCAACGGUAUGUAUAUUACUGCUGUGAUGGCGUACAUACAGUAUUAUAUUUUUAACAUAAUAUAUAGAAGACGAUAGCUUUCGAAUUUCGUUCUAGUCAUUAUAAUAUUAUGAUACAUCGUACCAGUAGAAGCGACGCAUCACCGCCGCCGCCGUCGAUGUGAAUAUAUCAUACCUAUUAGAUAUAUAUAUAUAUAUGAUACGUGUGCACCACCGAAGACUCGAUAUAAUAUAUACAUAGAUCGCUUAUAACAAACACACACACACACACACACAUACAAACAAACUUAUCAAUUGGAACACUUGUAUAAAGUUAUAAUGUUAUUAUUAUAUUAUGUAUAACUUACGUCGAAACGAUUGAAGAACAACUAAAGACUUUGAUUUCGGGUCGAUCGUACGACCGGAAGGAGCCGUCACUGCUUGUUAUGCGUCUAUUAUGUGCAUCAUAUAUAGAUCGUCCGGCAGCACGCGACGGCGAUAAUAUUAAACCAUUUGAGUUUGUGACAGACUGCUGCAGAUUCGUGAACACUAAUUUUCGAUGUCUACAUUACGGUAGUUCGCGAAAAUAGAACCGUUCAAUCCCGAGAACUUGUUGUUUUUUAUUAUUACAUUAUUGGGUAUUCGAUGUCCUGCACUGAAGCUGUUUUCCUCCCGAACUGAAAUAUGUAUUAUUAUAAUUUAAUACGCGUUGGCAAAUCAAUCGUUAUUAUGUUGUAUGAAUUAAAUUUCGCUUACCACAAUAUUUUCUCUUUUGAAAGAGACGUGCAUUUUGUGUAUACAAUAUAUCAUGUUUAAUAUAUAAGAUGUGCAACUUUAAACGAUUGUUAUAAUAAUAUAUUUUGUAAAAACAUUUCUUACAUUACACUGUGCGU